UGUGUCGCCUUAACUGUAACGUUCGCGUUCCAAAUUCGAAUUGCAAUUCCUUUUUUGAAAUUUAAAAUAGAAGAAUAGUGUUGUUGCAUAAUGUUGUUGUGUUGUCAGUAGUUGCGCGGUUGUUGCAGUUGUCAGUUUAUUUAGUUGCAGUUGGAUUGUUAUUUUGAUGGAAAUGUCUCUUCCGAACGGUGUGGACGUGUCCCAGUUGGUGCAGCACCCAGUGCUGGCUGCACUGCCUCCCUUCUUCCUCAGAGCAUCCGAGAGAUAUCAGUCCGCUCUGCCUCACCAGCGGACGCCGAAGUGCGCGCGCUGCCGCAACCACGGCGUGGUGUCUGCGCUGAAGGGCCACAAGCGGUACUGUCGGUGGCGCGACUGCGUCUGCGCCAAGUGCACGCUCAUCGCCGAGCGCCAGCGGGUCAUGGCUGCACAGUUCGUACAGCAUGGUGCGCAUGCGCAGGUGGCGUUACGUCGUCAGCAGGCGCAGGAGGAGAAUGAGGCCCGGGAGCUGAACCUGCUGUACGCGAGCCAGACGUCCACUGCACCACAUCACUAUACUGACAUGCCCGAGGACUCACCAGUUCAGAAAAGAGCCCGCAUCACAGAAGUCUGCUCCAGUCCAUCACCACCGACAGAUUCACAACAAGAAUCAAAAACACCUGCCCCCACCCCUCCACUCGCUACUCCACCCCCGCGCUCGCCCUCAGACCAUGAACUAAACGUUGAAGAGGAACUAGAAGAGACAGAACCUUCACUAACACCUGAAAACCUUUCAAUGAAAGAGCAGAGAGAAGAGGUUCCCGUCAAGAAGGAGGAAGAAGAUAAAUGGGACAACCCUGACUUCAAAUACAAGAUGUUCAGACGAGAGAGGAAGGAGACGGUAGAGACGGUCACUGAAGACCCUUCUCCGUAUCAGAAGUCACCAGUAGAUGUUCUAAUAAAGGUGUUCCCGAGGCGCAGUCGACAGGAGAUCGAAGGGAUCUUAGCGAGAUGUAAGGGAGACGUGGUGGCUGCUAUGGAGAUGAUGAUAAACGGGGAGAACGCGAACCCUUACCAAGUGACUCAGGAGUCGCCUCCCUACAUGCAGUAUCAGUCGAAGUCUGCCUUCUCUCCACUUUCGAACCAGAGCUUCAAGUUCUCUCCAUCACGCCGGUUUCUGACACCGCCGUACAGUGGUACCGGGUACCUACCGACAGUGAUCCGACCGCCGCCUGAAUAUUUAUCCUCGUUCAUGCCUCCCUCCGAGCUCAUGUAUGGCAGACAGCUGCAAGUCCCAUCACCAGGCACCUCCCCAACCUCUGACAAUACAAAUAAUGAUGGAUUUUCUGAUUAGGGGUACCUGAAAUAUUGGACUGUGCUGUAAUGCGUCAUUGGGCUUUCGUGCGUCACUGGUGUGCCGUACUGUGGCAUUGACAAGUACUUGGAAGAUGGUCUCUAGUGGUCAUCAAUGACGCGUGACGUCACAAGCCUGUAGUGUAGUGCUGUGUCAAAGACUUUGUUCAAUAUCAUAGUUACUUUAUGUUAGUGAAGCUGCUAUAGAUAUUCCUGAUACUUUCGAUAUAAAUAGGAGACUGUAUAAGGCUUAUAAUGUUUGUAGCGACUCUUCGUAACCUAAUCUUAACGCUAAGUUAAAUGAUUUAUUAUUUUAAAAUA